CUUAUAUUCCCUCUUCGUAUAUAUUUUCAUCUCAAGCGUUAAUUAGGUCGUAAGGGGAGUCGAGACCUACUAUCUCCCAGCACGUACACUACACUGAGGUAUGUCAACUCCAGACUCACGUGAUCAUGCUUGCGAGAUCCUUGGGUCAAUCGGCAGGAACUCUUGAGUGUCGUUUCAUGCAUAGCACCGGAUCCUUCCGUGACCACAAAACAAAUCAAUAUCUGUACAGCACUGCUCAAUGUUGGAUCUUGCUGUUUCGUGAAAGUCUCGUUGCCUCAUUGAUUGUUUUGAGCACGAUGUCUACUAACAGCAGCACUAAGCAGGUUCAAGGAUGACAAGAUGUGUUCUGAAUCAGCCUCGUUUCAUUCCGAGGCGGCUAUGCAGGCCAAUGAAAAUGGCCACUCUUGCACAGCCUGAGACUGGUUGUUUGCUCCAAAAGCCCACGCUAUAUGAGCGCGCACGCCUCAUGGCUGCCCAGGUUUUGGCCAGAGGUUCGUUUCUCUUGAGAAGGCGUCUUCAGUAGAUGCAGAUGUGUUUGUCUGUGGCUGUUUCUUCAAUGCUCACACCAUAGUACAACGGCACCGACUCCGACGAUUAAGACACGCUCCGUAUAUUUCAACAUAUCCAUCAAGGCAUUGAAGUGGCCGAGGGAAGCUUUGAACGACUGCCACGAAGAAAUCGUCCCGCCGACCGAAAAGCCACGGGUGGUCGAAAUCAUGCUUGAUCCUGUUACUUCUUUGGCGCUCGCCUGCAAUAUCUUCCAACUUGUGGAACAAGGCAUUGAGGCCAUCGUUGCGUGCAAGGAAAUAUACAAGAGAGGCUCGCUGGAUACAAACAAGGAGGUUGAAAAAUAUGCUCAAAGUAUCUCUAUUGCAAAUAAAGAGUUGGAGACAAUUUUGAACAUGCAGCAAGAUGCCAGGGCUCUUCGUGCAAGAAAGCUUCAAGGGAUCGCCACGGAUGCUUACGCUACCGUGGACGAACUCAAAAAGGUCUUGAACAACUUGAAACUGUCUAAGAGCCAGUGGAAAGGUGCUUUUAAGACCUCUUUGAGAUCAAUCAUCAGUAAAGGUACCAUUGAUCGGCUACGCGCCAAGUUGGAACAACAAGAUGCAGCAUUACGUUCGGCGCUCCUGAAAGAACAGUAGUAAGUCAGACCUCCGCUCUUCCAGUUACCAUACGUGGAUAGCAGAGGUAUUCGAAGUAUUAAAACUUUCGAAGAUGAAAGUGUCAGACGGAGCCGGUUUGAAACACUUUCUGACGGCCAGAAAGACAUUAUCGCACAGGUCUUGCGCCGUCUAUCACUAGCUUCUGAUGCUUCGCUGGCAGCAACCAAGGCUUCGGAAGUUGCCAUAACAGCGCGUCUUGAUCAACAGGAUAUGCAGCUCGGUAAAAGCGAAGCCACCAUCAUGAAUCGAUUUGAUGCUCAAGAUGCUCUCAUGGAGACACAUCAUGCGAAGACUACUGAUCUGCAUGAUCAUGUGCGAGAGUCCGCCUGGAGAAAGCUUCUUGAUGCCUUGGCAUAUUCUGAGAUGAACGAACGUCGAAACAUGAUCGAAAAGCGUGUCCGGGAUUUUGGAGAGACCUACACGUGGAUCUUCAAGUGCCCAGCCUGCGUCCAUCAUUCACCCCAUGACGCUUGCAUGCCAUCGAACUUCGUGCAAUGGCUCUACGGUAGCACUAAAAUCUUCUGGAUCAGUGGAAAGCCAGGGUCUGGGAAAAGUCAGCUAAUGGACUUCAUUUACCUGAGUCUUAAUUCCAAUGGGCCAACUUUCGUGCCUUUGGAAGAAUGGGAAAGGCCUAAACCAGUUCACGUUUUAGAUUUUUGGUUUUUCAAACCAGCAACAAGUGUAUUGCUUAAGACAAAUCAAGGCUUCUGGAGAUCCUUGUGCUUUCAAAUUCUUGACAAGGAUAAAGGCCUCGUGCAGAAGGUCGACCAUACUGGGACAAAUAUGGCCCCAGAGUCGCUCAAAUCUUCUCUUCGAUCAUCGGGCACCACUUUUCGUUCUUGGACCGACCGGGAGCUGUCAUCCUGGUUGACUUAUUUGCUUUCCGUCUCUGAGCAUAAUUAUCUUCUCUUGUUAGACGGACUCGAUGAAAACACAGACGACCACGAAGGCCUGCUUGAAACCAUCCAUUGCCUCGCACGCAAUUCAGGAAACAUCAAAAUAUGCUGUUCGAGUCGCCCCGAACCUCUUUUUGUGCAAAGUCUUGGGCAUUGUCCGAUGUUGAGGCUACAAGAUCUAAACUUUGCUGACAUUGAAUCAUACUGCAGCAAACGACUCGACAACACUCGAGCUGCAGCGCACGCCUCUGAUAUCGCCAUGCGAGCAGAGGGGGUCUUCUUAUGGGCGUACCUGGUGGCAGAAGACCUAAGGCGAGGAUCUCUCCAGGGCGACAGUGACAAAGACCUCGGGCAACGUCUGAGCGACACUCCGACUGAAAUGAACGAUUUAUUCGAGUUUAUGCUGAAACGCCAGGACAGGUUUUACCUCAAGCACCCCAAGCCUUACCUUCCUCUGUUAGAUGCCGCAGUGCAGAUCAGUGCAUACCCAAGCUUACUUCAGUUGCUUCUGGCUUCAAGAGAGCUUGAUGUAAUUAGCUCUCAAGUUAUAAAUGGGCCUGACACCGAACUUCUUACGGAACUGGACGAAUCGGCCCGAAAUUUGGAAACCAACGUCGUUGCAAAUUGUGCCGGACUUGUCGAAAUUGAACGAGACCUGGACCGAAUGGAAGCCGUCUAUGAACAUUUGGUUGAGGCAAGUGGUGUAGGGCUUAAAUUCAUCCAUCGAUGUGUCCAAGAUUUUCUACUCGAGAGCGAAGUGGGUGCACAUUUCCUUCAGUCUUGUAACGUACCCAGAGAAGAUGCCACCAAACGACUGAUGACAGCUUCUGCUCUUGGUUACAUCCUGAGCACAAAAUCUAUAUUUUUCGCAGAAGCUUUGGACUAUGCUGAGCACAUUGUCCCAGAGUCGUGGACGCCGUCAGAGACCAAUAUUCUAGAUUCUCUUUUCUCAGCCAUGUACUCACGCCUAAAAGCAGGACAGGAAGAGGCCGAUAGCUCGAUAUUGUUAGAGUGCCCUCAGCUUUCGGAGAUGGAGAAUUUGGCUUUCGGACACGCCGCAUAUCGCAGAAUGAUCCCUUACCUUCAAGCAAAGAUGGCAGUAACCGAUCUGGAGAAAACAACUCCUGCCGCAGGUCUCAUCGUCUCUGCCAUUGUUCGCCACCACUCUGAGCUGAGUGACGACAUGGCCAAGAUGCUUCAACCGUACAUCUCCUGGACGCAAUACAUUUCCCUUCGUUACUUUGUGGACCAUAAAGGGCCUCUGAUUCCGGUUUCUCUACCACUAUGGCAACACUACUUUAUUGGCCGGUUGAACACUAAAGAAUGUUUCCACGACGGCUUUAGAGCCAAGUCACGUAACAACUGUCUUGAUCUCGACAUAAGAUCCAUACUUCUGGACAACAGCAACUGCUCUCGCCCCGCCAUGUCCGCUUUUUUCAUAGCCGCCCCGUACGGGGAAUUUCUUCCGGACCCCGGGAACAAGGACGCAGAUGAAUCGCUACUUCAUUAUGAGGCUUUCAAAGGCAAAAUGACUGUGCCCGAGUCUGGGGGGUUCGACUGGCGAUUGGUCAACUUCAAGCAAUAUUCCCCGGAAGGGCUUCGUCGCUUUGUCAAGAUUCAGCCGAAAAUGGAGGAUUCGCCGCAGUACGACGAAUUCAGAGAGGGAUACGCUGUUGUUGGAGCCGACGAACAAGCAUACUAUGAAUAUACGACGAACAUCCUGAACGAUAAUAUCCCCAUCUUGUCUCCAGCUGAAAUUGCAGACGUAAUAUGUAUUGGCAUGAGGUACUUGUUCUCAAACGGUCGAUUUCGCCAUGCAACCUGGGAUGCCCUGGAACAAUGGCUGAAAUGCAUAAGUAAUGGCAAAUUUAGCGAAGAUUUCAGCUCUGAACGAGACCCUGUUUUGCUGAAAAUCCUCAAACGCGAGUCUGAUAAGACACUCUCCGGGUCCCCGACGGACUUUGGCAAUAAACAGAUGAAGCACGACCUCUAAGGAAUCCGGAACCUGAUCGCUAUCAAGGAGGUCUGGAGGCGUGCAGAUGAUGACGAGACGAAAUGAUAUUAUCACCAACCCAACACCCUUGCACCAUCCAAAGCCGGGACAUAUGGCAAUACUCUGUAGAUAUCCAAGAUCAGGCUCCAGAGUUCCAACUCGCAUAUCUACUGUACAAUACUUGAAAAGGCCAGUAGUAGCUAUCUUUGUCGAGGCAAGGAUUGUCGUCGAAUGUAAAUCCAUAUUAUCGACCCUUAGAAAGGCUUUAUUGGUACGGAGUACGAAGUAUGGGCAAUUAUUCGAAUCCGAAUGUACGAGGACGAGUAUUGCAGAGUAAGGUGUUUUGGCUCAGUUCUUAGUUGCAACAUCAAAUUUGUUUUCCUCCUCCUCUCGUUGUCCAUCUCUCCUCUCGAAACGAGAACACAACGAGCUAUAUACACCUUACACGGCGACCGCCAAGUGGUGUUAUGUUGAUG